GUGUGGAAUGACAGAAAAAUAAACCCGCGUAAUGCUGCUUCCAGUUACAGACUAAAAAACUUGUUAAAAAAUUCUAUAAUGUUUUUGUUAGUCUUCACCCUCAUUGGCCUCAUCCAUUCUGGCUUCAGUCAGUGUGAGGAGGGCUGGCGGUCGUAUGAGGACAGAUGCUAUUUCUUCUCUUCUGAUAUGAAAUCGUGGCAUGACGCACUGGAGGACUGUGUCAGUAAAGGAAGUAAUCUGAUGAGCAUCCAGGACCUUCAUGAGCGGACGUGGGUCCGAACACAGAUCGGCACCUCCAUCUACUGGAUCGGACUGAAUGAUGUGGCAUCUGAGGGGAACUGGGAAUGGAGUGAUGGGACUGUUUACUAUCCUUACCUGUCGUAUUGGAAGGAGGGUCAGCCAGACAACUGGGCAGAUAAUGAGGAUUGUGGGCAGGUUCUGGGAGCUAAUGACGGUAGAUGGAAUGAUGAACCCUGCACAGCCAGACGCCAGUACAUCUGUAAACGGUCAAACCCGAACCCAGCUCCGGUCUGCGACUCUGCCAAUGGAUGGCAGACCUUUGGCUCAAACUGCUAUAAGAGACGAGCGGGCGUCAGGAAGAGCUGGGCAUCGGCUCGCAGUGACUGUGUCCGAGAGGGAGGAGACCUGGUGUCAAUCACUUCUUCUGAAGAGGAGCAGUAUGUCACCAGUCGGCUAGACGCGUCCUCCUUUGACCUCUGGAUUGGGUUUUCCACAAUGAAAUGCACAACUUUAUCCUGUGAAAUACAACCAAAUGCCACAACUUUCACCUGGUCUGAUGCGAGUACAUCCACUUACGUAAACUGGCCACCAGGACAACCUGACCUCACUGACAAAGCCAAUGGAUUGUGCACUGCUAUGAUAAAAGAAUCAGGAGAGGAUUAUGGGAAAUGGAGAUCACAUGUCUGCCGUUUUGAGAGACCUUACAUGUGCAAGAAAGCUUUGAAUACCAUUUGUCCUUCUGGAUGGUUGAGUUUCUCUGGAAACUGUUACUGGGUGGUCAGUAACCAGAAUCUCCUGACCAGCUGGUAUCUGGCUCAGACCAAGUGCUUUGACAUGGGUGCAAACCUAGUGACCAUCAAAAACGAAGAGGAGCAAUUCUUUAUUAAUGCACAGUUACCUGAUUUUCACCAAGUAGAUAUACCUGAUCUGUGGAUUGGCAUUUCAGAUAAGGACCAAGAUGGCACAUUUAGUUGGGUGGACAAAACUGCAGUUGAGUAUUCAAACUGGAGCCCAAAUUUCCCUCAGAACUCAGCAAACCUGUGGGACUGUGGCCAGAUUUACACCGGAAAUUAUGCUGGUAAAUGGGAAACGGCCAACUGCUUUAAAAACCUGGGGUAUAUUUGCAAGAUGCCUGGAGGACAGAAUGUGAAUCCCACAACAGCUCCAGACUCACACUGUGAUGAAGGCUACCUUCUCUUCGGUGAGUACUGCUAUCACUUUGAGACUGAAACAGUCAAGAACUGGCAGGAUGCAGAAAAUUAUUGUGUGGCUCAGAAUGGACACCUGGUCAGCAUCCACAACGAAGUGGAUGUCAGCUUUCUGACAGCCCACAUGAGCAGAUCUUCUUGGGUGGGUCUCAAUGACAUUGUCAAAGAGGGAACAUUUGUGUGGAGUGAUGGAACUCAAGCAAACUUUCUUCCCUGGGAGACGAAUCAGCCUGAUAACUGGCAGAAUGAUGAAGACUGUGUUCACAUUCGUGGCACUGAGCACCACGAUACGGGGAAACUCAACGACCUACCCUGCUCAUCUACUUACCCCUUCAUCUGCCAGAAAGCAAAAGGUCAAGGGCCACCACCUCCCCCAACAUCUGGUCCAGGCUGGAAUGCUAAAUGUGGCUCCUGGGUUGCUGACCCGUUUAAUGAUUACUGCUACCUGUUCAUUUCUCUGUCCAUGAGGAAGUGGGCUGAUGCUCGCGCGGAUUGUGUGAAUCAGGGUGGAGAUCUCGUCAGCAUCACUGAGCCGUUUGAACAAGCCUUCAUCCAUGCUCAAGUCCAGUCGGUUCCCACGGGCGUUUCUCUGUGGAUGGGAGCACAUGACUCCAUCACCGAGGGAGGCUGGACAUGGACGGACGGCUCUCCAUUCCGAUAUAUAAACUGGGCUUCAGGAAACCCUGAUGAUUAUUAUGGUGAAGACUGCCUGUCCAUUUUAAUCAACUCUGGAGCAUGGAACGAUGAUAAUUGCGAGAACAAGAGAGGGUAUAUCUGCAAACGCCGUGGGAACACACCCGAGCCUCCUCCGCCACAUGAUGGUUUCUACACAACAUAUGCAUGUCAGGACUCCAGCUUGGUCCUUCACUGCCCUGAGAACAGCGUUAUUAACAUCCAGUCUGCUUUUUAUGGGCGCCGCAGUGACAAGAUCUGUCCGUAUGGAGAUGACGCCUCAGGUGUGUGUACUGUUGAGGGCACGCUGGCUUUGGCCAGGAAGAACUGUGAUAACAGACAGUACUGUUUCCUGUUUGCUCGCACGGACCCUGAUCCCUGCCCCACCGUCUCCAAAUACCUGGAGGUGGUCUACAGCUGUGAGCAGAAUGUGUGUGUGAGAGGGUUGGGUGUAGAGGAUGGAAACAUCACUAAUUCAAUGCUCUCUGCAUCAUCAUCUCUAAGUGGUAAAGGACCAGAUCAAGCUAGACUGAAAGGGAACUCUUGCUGGAUGCCCUCCUCUUCUGCGAACUCCUGGAUUCAGGUGAAUGUGGGUCAGCUGAAGAAGAUCACAGGGGUCGUCAUUCAGGGCUGCCCAUCUUCAGAUCACUGGGUCACUAAAUUUAAGAUCCAGACCAGCACAGAUGGCCUGUCCUGGAAAGACUACAGCAGUGAUGGAGGGGAGUAUCCGGGUUCUGUGGACAGGACGUCUCCAGAGACGCGUUUGUUGGGGACGCCGAUCUCGGCACAGUAUGUUCGUGUUCUGCCACUGGAGUGGAAUGGUCAAGUGGGGCUACGACUUGACAUUUUGGGCUGCUUACCAGACUAUGCUGUGACUUGUAGUGCAAGACCCAACCUGGACCACUCCGUAGACAGAAUGACGGUUCACUGUCCUGCUGGCUGUGUCAUGGAAGCAUAUUCUGUGUACGGGACAGACAUUUAUAGAGGGGACUCAAAUAUCUGUGCUGCUGCGAUUCAUGCCGGAGUGGUUCUCAAUGACAAUGGAGGAGACUGCACUCUUCUUAAAGCUGAUGGUCAGAACUUUUACAGCGGAUCCACCAGGAACGGCAUCGUAUCCAGACAGUUUGAUGGACUCUACUCUGUCUCAUACCACUUUACUGAUGGAGAGCUGAGGUGUUCUGGUCCUGACUGGUAUGAGUUUGGAGAGUUCUGCUAUAAGCCGUUUGAGGAGAAGAAGACAUGGCACAGCGCGAGGACAUCCUGCAGAAAGCUGGGAGCCGAUCUGGCCUCGAUCCUGUCCCUGACGGAGCAGAGCUGGCUCGAGAGUUACCUGUACCAGGCCACCAAUGACGUGUGGAUCGGUCUGAAUGAUCUGGGCUUUUCGGGUCUGUUCUCAUGGUCAGAUCAUCAUGAGGUCACGUUCACACACUGGGCUCCCGGGGAACCCAACAAUCACAUGGGCUUCAGCGAGGACUGUGUGGAGAUGUUUCAUGAGACGGGCCGAUGGAACGACGUCACCUGCACAGAGCUAAACACCUACAUCUGUAAGAUGCCCAAGGGACACUAUCCUCUGCCCUCUGUCCAGCCCACCAUCUAUGGCUGUCCUGAGGGCUGGGAUGUUUUUGAGUACUCUUGCUAUUGGUUUGAAGAAACUGCUAAAAGUCGCGAGGAAGCCAAAGCAUUCUGUGAGAGUCAGAGCAGCACUCUGCUUCAUAUCCUGGACCUAUACGAGCAGGCUCACUUCACAGCUCUGAUGAGCAGGUACUCCGGUGACUGGUGGAUCGGCCUUCGGGCGAGAGGAGGGGCAGCGGGUGUUGACUAUUACUGGGACAACGACGCUUUAAUAACAUAUACUAACUGGGGUCGCAAUGAGCCAAGUAAUUACUCUAACCACAUCACAACUCAUAAUCCAAUCUGAUUUCACCAUACUCUAGAUAACCAUGCUGGAUCCUGUGUCACGAUGUCCACCAGCCCUUUGGCAGGAUUCUGGAACAACAAACAGUGUGAAGAAUCAUUCCCAUUUGUGUGUGAAGCUCCUCGUAAUGGCGUCUCUCCACCGACUCAAGCUCCAACGCUGCCUCCAGCGACCGGAUGCGAUAGCGGCUGGGGCGGACAGCCUCACUUCAGAAAUUGCUACAGGAUUAAACAGAAGGUGAUUACGUAAGUUUUCUAUGUUUUUAAUGGUCGUUUGUGUGUUGAUGUGUUUGUGUUGGUGCUUUUUUUGCAGCUGUUUACAGUGGACUUUGCCCAGAAGAAGAGCUGGCAGGCUGCCCGAGAAGACUGUCUCGCCCGUGGUGCCGACUUGGUCAGCAUCCACAGUCCCGAGGAAGAACUCUUCCUGUCCGACUACUCGAAGGGAAAAACCAAGUGGAUCGGACUGAGUGUCAACUCGGUGGAGGGAGGUUACCACUGGAGUGAUGGGACGCCGGUCAGUCACACCAACUGGGGCCAUGGUGAACCCAAUAAUCACAAUGGCCGAGAAAACUGUGUGGAGAUGGUGACCACUGAAAAUAGAACAUCCUGGUGGAAUGAUCUGAACUGUGAUGCCCACCAGGACUGGAUUUGCAUGAUUGCUAAAGGAAAGAAACCAAUUAUACCUCCGCAGCCACCAUCACCCGUCCCAGCUCCUGAGUGUGGAUCGAACCCUGGCUGGAGGAAGAACAACGGCAUCUGUUAUUACUAUAACGACACAGAUAUUGUGGACUUUCAUGUGGCUCUUCUGAGGUGUUACGAAGAGAAAUCUAGUCUUGUGUCCAUCGCUGAUGAAACCGAGCAGUCUUAUGUGGUCAGCCUGGUGGGCACUGGUCAGGCGGCUGCAGCCUGGAUAGGAAUGAGAAUGUUUGGGGUUGCGGGAGGAGAAUAUUUGUGGACCGAUCUGUCUCCGGUGACGUAUGUUCACUGGGGUCCCGGAGAACCCAAUGAUGCAAAUGGAGAAGAACAGUGUGUCCAGAUGAACAGACAUCCAGGUUUGUGGAAUGAUGCAAACUGUGGACGUGCCGAUGCUGGUUACGUGUGUAAAAAAUAUCCAGGAAAUGACCACACGCCGCCUCCUCCAACGGCAUCAUGGGAGGGAAACUGCCCUCAGGGAUGGAUGAAAUUCCGCAACAAAUGCUACAUAUUCAAAGGAAACCACCAUCAUCAGUCUGAGGUCAAGGCGAACUGGACUUAUGCACGGGACUGGUGCCGAAAUGAGAAAGGAGAUCUCGCUGUGAUCGAUGACCAGAAUGAAAACGAUUUUGUGGCUAGUUAUCUCAGGGAUCUGGUUGUACCCGUUUGGAUCGGUUUAUCUGAUAGGCUGCAUGAAGGGAAGUUUGCAUGGAGUAAUGGAGUAAGUCCGGUCUUAUACACAAAUUGGGCCGAUAAAGAGCCAAACAACGCUGAUGGGGAGGAACACUGCACUUCAAUCUCUCAUAAUCACCUGGUUACGGGCCGCUGGAAUGAUGAGAAUUGUGACCGCGAGCGAGGAUGGGUGUGCUCUAUGAAGAAAUCAAGCAGCCUCCCGGUCCCACCACCCACCAGCACCCCGUGUCCGUCCGGAUACAUGACCUGGUACAGCAACUGCUAUAAGCUAGUGUCCGAGCCCAAGAACUGGGAGGAGGCUCAGCAGGCCUGUGUGAAGGAGGGAGGGAACCUGGCCAGCGUGGACAUGAGCUAUGACCAGGCCUUCAUCUCCGCAGCUGUGCAGCAGGGUGACACGGACGCCUGGAUCGGACUCCGCCGCUUGGCUGGCAGCAAUUUGUACAAGUGGUCUGAUGGCUGGCCGGUUUUCUUCACGCACUGGGGCCCCGGUGAGCCAACCAAUCACACGGGAGAAGGGUGCGUUAGCAUUCAUGCUCCCUCGCUCUUCAUCCAGGGCACCUGGAACGACACGGCCUGCGCUGCCACCAAGCCCUACAUCUGCAAAAUUACCAAAGAAAAGCCUCCGCCGACGCCGGCUCCUGGUGACGGGAAAUGUAUUCUUGGCUGGCAUCCAUUUGGACGUCAUUGCUACUAUGUAUACGACGGAAAAGAGGGUUACUCGUGGCCAUCGGCAAGACACAUCUGCCAAGAGGUGAAUGGAGGGGAAUUAGCCUCGAUUCACAGCCGGGCUGAUGUGGAGUUCAUCAGGAACAUCAACUACACCAAAUACCAUUACGUCUGGAUCGGCCUCACACGAGGAGGCUCAUAUGAAUGGGCCUGGACGGAUCAGUCAGCUCUGGCCUUCACAAACUGGGCUCCUGGAGAACCCAACGAAGCGUAUCACGAUGGCGAUGUGACCAAAGAGAACUGCGUGGAAAUGUAUCAUGACGGCACGUGGAACGACAACAACUGUUUACAGAAGAGAGGCUUUGUGUGUCGUCACCGGCAGUAUUAUGUGACGGAUGAUAAUGGGAUUGUCAUCCCGACUGACCCAUCACCGACGGAUGCCGGUCUGAUUGCCGGGGCCAUUAUUGGAGCCAUCAUCAUUGCAGCGCUGAUCCUUGCCGCGAUGUACUACGUCUUUAGUGUGAAGGGCGUAAAACCUGGAGAUAUCAGCUUCUUUAAACAUGAAACCAAGAAUAUUGAUGUGCCUGCAUUCAACAACCCAAACUUCGCUGGAGAAUCUUACACAUGAAUCGUGGGAGAUUCAUCUGGCUCUGUACAGGAACUAUAGCACGGAAACAUGUUCAAUCAGCACGGACACUGAAUCGUAGUAACAGCAGCCUACAGAUUUGUUUUUUUUUUACUUUUUUGUAUGCAUUUUAUUAUUCUCGUUCACAUUUUGUAAAUUGUUUUUAAGUAUGCACAAAUGCAUUGUUGUGGUAGUGUUUGUCUGUACAGUUGUUUCUUGAAAUGAAUUUAAAAUAA